AUGGAGGUUGCCAUGGUGAGCGCGGAAAGCGGCGGGUGCAACAGCCACCUGCCGUACGGAUACGCCCAGGCGCGCGCCCGGGAGCGCGAGCGGGAGCGCGAGAGGGAGAGGCAGGCGCACACGCGCGCCGCCGCGGCCGCCGCCGCCGCCGCCGCCGCUGCUGAAGACGAGGACGAGGAGGAGGAAGGCGAGGGGGGAGAAGGGGACGGCGGCGGCGGCGGCGGCGGAGGGGGAGAGCCGAGAGAGCGGCGGAAAAGUUUCCUGUGGAGCCUGGGCGACGAGGAGACGGUGUCCCUCCCGGACCGGCGUCCCCAGCAGGGCUACGACCACGUCUACAGCGAGUACGGCUGCUGCGAGCGGGUUGUCAUCAACGUGUCGGGGCUGAAGUUCGAGACGCAGCUCAAGACCCUGACCCAGUUCCCCGAGACCCUCCUGGGGGACCCCGAGAAGCGGGUCAGGUACUUCGACCCCCUGAGGAACGAGUACUUCUUCGACAGGAACCGGCCCAGCUUCGACGCCAUUCUCUACUACUACCAGUCCGGGGGCCGCCUCAAGCGCCCCGUCAACGUGCCCUUCGACAUCUUCUCCGAGGAGAUCAAGUUCUACGAGCUCGGCGACGACGCCAUGCUCAAGUUCAGGGAGGACGAGGGCUUCGUGAAGGAGGAGGACAAGCCGCUGCCCGAGGACGAGUUCAAGCGCCAGGUCUGGCUGCUCUUCGAGUACCCCGAGAGUUCAAGCCCCGCCAGGGGCAUCGCCAUCGUCUCGGUGCUGGUCAUCCUCAUCUCCAUCGUGAUAUUCUGCCUGGAAACUCUGCCGGAGUUCCGGGAUGACAAGGAAUUACACGCGGCGAGCGGCAGGAGCAGCAGCCUCGACGGCAACCACACGCAGCCGGACAGCGGAUAUACAACUUUCAACGACCCGUUUUUCAUCGUGGAGACGGUGUGCAUCAUCUGGUUCUCCUUCGAGCUGAUCGUCCGCUUCUUCGCCUGCCCCAGCAAGGCCGGCUUCUUCAAAAACAUCAUGAACUCCAUCGACAUCGUGUCCAUCCUGCCUUAUUUCAUCACCCUGGGCACGGACCUCGCCCAGCAGCAGGGCAACGGGCAGCAGGCCAUGUCCUUCGCCAUCCUGCGGAUCAUCCGCCUCGUCCGCGUUUUCCGCAUCUUCAAGCUCUCCCGGCACUCGAAGGGUCUGCAGAUUCUGGGGCACACCCUGCGGGCCAGCAUGAGGGAGCUGGGGCUGCUCAUCUUCUUCCUCUUCAUCGGCGUCAUCCUCUUCUCCAGCGCCGUCUACUUCGCCGAGGCCGACGAGCCCACGUCGCAGUUCCAGAGCAUCCCGGACGCGUUCUGGUGGGCCGUGGUCACGAUGACCACGGUGGGCUACGGGGACAUGAAGCCCAUCACGGUGGGCGGCAAGAUCGUGGGCUCGCUGUGCGCCAUCGCGGGCGUGUUGACCAUCGCGCUGCCCGUCCCCGUGAUCGUGUCCAACUUCAACUAUUUCUACCACCGGGAGACCGACAACGAGGACCAGGCGCCGGCCGCGCAGAGCGCCGCCUGCCCCUACCUGCCCACCAACUUCCUGAAGAGGUUCAGGGGCUCCGCCUCGGUCUCCUCCCUGGGGGACAAGUCCGAGUACGUGGAGAUGGAGGAAGGGGUCACCGAGUCGCUGUGCGUCGCGGAGAAGCAGGGCCGGAGCAAAGGGAACGGGACGGAGCUGGCGAGGAGGAGUUACGCGAACCCCAGAUCGGUUCAGACGGACGUGUGAGGGCGGCUUUCUCGCCACGCUUAGAAUAAUCACUAUCAUGGGGGAAAAAAAAAACACACACACACAACUGAGCAUUGGACAUGCGCCCAGGUGCGAGUCAGAAAAGGGUAAAUAAUCUGCAUCCAUGCAUUAUAUACUGUAUAGUUCCAUCACUUAUUAUGAAACUGGUGAGCCUGGUGCAGGGAUUGAUGGAUACAGGGAAAUGAAGAGUUUCAAACACUUUAUUUUUCCCGCCGUCUCGGAUCCCCGUGGUCCUAAUUCUGUAAGGACAUGCGGUCUGUCCACGUUUCCUUCCAGCAGUUCAGUCCUUCGCGCUUGUCCGCUCCGUGCGUCGAGACGUUCGUGUCAGCUCUAGGUGUUCCGCUCCGGGACGUCAUCGCUGGGCUUAAAAUCGCCACCAGUGAACUUCCACAUUUCUGAAUCGUCAGUACAAGUACGGUGAGAAAGUUAGUCUGCUUUCCCUACGGAGGAAGGCAUGCUUCUAAUAAUAAUAAUAAUAAUAAUAAUAAUAAUAAUAAUAAUAAUAAUAAAUCUGAAGUAAAUUCUCACACAGAAUGACGGUUACGUACACAUGUUCUGAAAUGUUAUAAGGCACUUUAAAAGUUUUCGAUGUCGCUUUAGAAACACUUGAACGAUAUAAAGACGUUUUUGCUGUUACACAAUGAACUCUGCUUUGUUUGCACUAUUAACCAAGCUGGAUAAGACAAUACACAAUACGUGCUCGUGUGUGUGUGUGUACCAGGUAUGUGCACGCACAGCCUUUUACUGUGACGGGGCUGAGGAAGUCGGGAGCGUCUUGCAGGACAAUCGCGGAAUAUUCUGUGCUCGGCACGGGGGGUGGGUGGACGCUACAGGUGUGUGUGUGUGUGUGCGCGCUUUUGGUUUUGCUCAACAUCUGCUCCAGCGUAUCGUUUCAUAGAUGAUCCCCCACCUCCGCCCCUUACCCUCGGCAGGACACGGGCCGUGACGUGGAAGCUGUAGGUUGACUUUAGAAGUUGUCUCCGGCUGGUGUGCCGGUGCCGUGGGGAACAGACCGAGCGCGGCAGCUAACUUGGCUGAGCCCUGUGCCACAGAGGUACAGCGAGGCUCCACGUCAGUCUGCUGUGUCCAAACAGACAAAUAUAUCAUUAUUAACCCACCCCACAAAUAAAAAACAAGCUUACACGCAUUUUUUUCUGACAGGCUUUUUUUUUUUUUUGAAAUUGGGCGAUAGAUAGGCGGGUCAGUGGACGGGGUGGGAAGCGCACCGCGGCUCGGAGUGCGACUCCUGUGGAGCCGUCCUGAGAGCUUUCUAACUGAGCGCACUGAUGCAUCACCCGGUAGAGACGAAGCGACAACACCGUUUAAAACAAACAACACAAUGACACCCCCCCACCACAAACCUCUUCCUCUCGUUUCUGAUCUCGCCGCAUUGAGAAAAAUACAAAGCGACCUUGAGCGACGCACAGGCCGAGCGAGCCAGCAGGAGCCGUUCACCUCCACGGGCUCAUCCUACUCCAGGCCAUACCCUUUAACACCGGAGAACGACCAAGAUCCCUUUAAGACUGCUUCAAGAAACAACACCACCAACAAACGCUUUAAGUUUUGGGUACACGGACGUCUUCUUUAUGGUUUUUUUAUUUUCUUCGAUCAACGUUAAGGACUUUCCGCGCGUCUCUAGUCGAAAAGGAAAUCCAGAGAACUACUCGUCUUCCCAGGAGAGCGCCCGUGUGACGGCGACACAGGGGGUUUGCACAAAGUACUGUUAAACUUCGGUCCAAAACCAGCUUCCUUGCAAACGAGAGCCCGGACAACGAAGUUAGAUGCUACAAAGAAGGAAGCAUGUGAAGAUCUGACCCAGUCGAAUGCCUUAAUGAAAAUAUACAGCAGUUUUCCUUUCGAGGGUAACAAUGCUAGGUUUAUCAAGGGUAUUUUCUGUUUGUUCGUUUGUUUGUUUUUCUUAAGUGUGAAACAAUUUUUUUCUUUGUUUGAAAUGGUUGUUAAUAUUAUUUAAAUAUCACGGACAGACAUUCUGGUUGCAGUUCUUUUACAAGUCUGCCCUGAUGGUGUAAUAGAGUAACCAAGCGAAUCAUUCAGUGGUUGCAGUCAGUCUUCUCUAUGUGGCUAGCAGUUUUAUUUUCCUUGUUGUUGAUAUUGUUUUAUUUUUAAAUCAAACACCACUGGCAAAAGUGGAGCUGCUGAACAUGUAACAUAUAUAUAUAUAUUAUUUUCCUUAAAAAAUGCAUUUACAGCUGCAUUCCUACAGCUCUUUAAUCACAAUUGCCUACUGCACUUAUAUCAAAACUUUUGUUUGCCUCCUGUUUCAUUUCUGAUGCUCCAGGGGGAAGUGGAUGUCCUUUCAUCAUCUUGUUUUGUGUUCCGUGGAGUCCGGUUUGUGUUUCUCCUCUUAUCCAAUUAUCUUCCACAAUAACUGAUUAUUCCGUACAAAAAAGAAAGCUUCUGAGAAAGCUCUUGAAUGCCGAUGCGUGUGUGGGAAGCAAGUCUGUAUUGCACAGAGCAGGGCAAUAACUCAAAUCUGAAAGAAAGGAAGUGAAGUGGGGAAAUAAAUUAGUGUUACACCAGCCAAAGAUCCUGCUUCCCUCCAGUGGGUAGUUCAGCAACGCAGUAAAGGGAAUGCCACGUUUUCUGCCGGGACAUGGGCUCUUUCUAGCUCAUAUAGCUCUGCUGUGAGAACGGACAUUGUCUAUGAAGUAAACUCUGUCCUGUGCUUGUUACAUGCUGAAUUGGCGGCCCUGCACAGGUUGGUAAAUAAGGGAAAGAGACCAGAAGCCACCAGAGGACUUCACAAGCUGUCCCGGCAGGAAUGAUUUGUUGUCCCUGAUAAAUGGUUCUGCUCUGUGCAACAUUAAUUAGCUUCCCCCUGGUAAACUGCAUGAAGCCCUUUCUGAAUAUCCAGACUUCAUGCUAACAAGAAGCACCACCCAUGCUAUUGUGAGCAGGAAGGACAGCAGAUAGGGAAUCUCCAGCGACACAUGGAAUAGGAAUUCUGAGAAACAGGAGAAGGAACUGAAAUCUGGAGAAUACGGGUGAAGGACAGGGCUCAUUUCAAGUGUACAUAUGUCAGAGCUCUAUUUUCUAUACUUUUUAAAUUCUUUUUUUACGUUUUGGAGAUGUGGAUGAGUGCCGUGUACUUGGACAAAUGUGGAAUGACAGAGUAUUGCCAUGCACAGGACUGAAGAGAGGCAGAGGAGGUUUGCGUUUCAACCUUUAAUGUCUAAAAUGGAUAGGCCCACGACGUGGAGAGGAGCUGAAACAGAAACGGACUCGUUUGCUAUGUGUAUCACCACACAGGAAUCCUUUCUGUCUGAUUCAUGUUUGUGAAAGAACUUAAAGUCAAAUAUCUCUGAAAAUCUAACUUAUGAUAGGUUUAUAACCAGUCAAAAUCCUAAUCUUUAAAAGACAGUAUUAUUUACUUUGUCUUUUAUGCACGUACACCAAAGUGGUAUUCUGGAAGCUAUGAUGGAUGGGAAAAAGUAAUAUUGAAAUAUUGACCCAGAUUAAAUCAUAAGUGCAAAUUGUAAAGAGCUGGUUUCCACUGGGGAGAAGGUCGAAGCCCACCACUCACAGGAAACAAAGCCUGUCACGUCCGAAUCCCAAUGCUCAUUGGAUCUGGGCCGCAGGGAGUGCUGUUCAGACAGGGGGAAGCACACACUGUGCUUGGAGAGAUGGAACAUAUAUAAUAUUAAUAGCUUGAACAAUGCGCAACUUCACCAGUAAGGUACCGGUUAAUUUGAUAUCAAUAGCAAUUCUCCUAUACUGCUGUUAAAAACAUCAUUGGGCACGGAUUCCAAUUAAUGGAAGAACAUCUGUAAUCCACCUUUGUCUUUUGAAAAACUGUCGCCCUUCCUAAGCUCUGGGUGUGGGGUAAAUGGAGCCGACAUGAUCCUUCGGGUCUUGCCUUAGAGUCACAUGUUAUUCAGAUGACUUCGGUACUGAGACUAGGACAAGAGGCAGCUGGUGUGAGAUCCACCACAGGCAUCUGACUUCCUUCUUCAGUCCGCUGCCCUCAGACCGGUGCGCCGAAGACAGCCUGGCGCCCUCAUUGGACUGAGAGUGUCCAAUCACCCCAGAAGUGAUCCAGUCCGAAGGCAGGAGUGGCAGGAGGAAAGAGACUGGCCUUUGAGUUUGGAGAACUUUGUUUGAGCGUCCUGAGUGGAGUGGACAUGUUGAUAUUGCGAUCAAAGCCAUUGCAUACUGGAAAUCAUAUUUUUUUACCGAUUCGUUAUUUUUUAAGAAAUGUAACUAUGGUUUAUCAGUAGUGCUUUCGGUUCAAAAGGUAUUUUUGUAUCUGCAAUUUAUUGUUCAAGUUCCCGUAAGAGUAUGACCUGAGAAGAUGAUUUCAUGUGUAUUGCCAGUGUCCGGUCAUUCAACUUCUGGCGAGUCCAUACCUUAGUGAUGCCAUUUUUUAAAUAAUAUACCAGAAAACAACCUUAAAUAUGAAGAAUGAGGAAUGUUUUAUUUUUAAAUGGUCUGCUACCCCAAACUCUAUUCUAACUUUACUGCACUACGAAGGUGACCACCUGACUCAGUGCUGACUGUAUCUGAAUGUGUGGGAUGGAUUUGUUCAGCACGGAGCGGAUACAGAUACAGACGCCCGUCAGCUUGUUUCUAACUCCUCAGAGAAACCUCAGGGGGAAAACUGAGCAGAGCACCCUAACGUGGUCCACUUUUGUCAAGUGCAUGAAUGUGAUAGCCCACUUCAGCAGUGUAUAGCCACAGACCCGCAGAUUUCACUGGUACGUGGGAAUGCUCAGACACACUGUACAGGGGAGCAGUGUGGCCUGGUUUAGUGAUCCAUCAGUUCAAUUAUUUCUGGACAAUAGCCACCUCUUGCCAGGUGGCUAUGCCUUGAUGCAAGACUUUGAUAAAGAUUUACUGUGGUAUACUGCAGUUAAAACAUCGUAAAUCACAUUACAGCACAGUAAAAUCAGAGUAAAUGCAUGCAAAAGUGUGGUCAAGGAAGUAAAUGCAUAGUAAAAGGCAAGAAAAGCAUCUGAAAACCUCCAGAACCGCCUUGGCCACCAUUCACUGGGAAAGGCUCCUUUCAUUUCCAUUGGGUUUAUAAUGAAACCUCCGUAUUGCUGCGCAGUGCUGUAAUAUCUCCUGCAACAGACAGGCUUGGUCACUUGGUUCAGGGUCAUCUGAAACUUGGAGUAAUGAAGUUCUCUUAGACAACAGAGUGCUGGAACUCUCACACUGUUCCAGAGCAAAAAACCAUACUGUAGAUGGUGAUCAUGAAGCGCAUUUCUGUGCUACACCCGUCUGUUUAGAGAGUUCUCAUCCUGGGACUUGGGCAAAAGGCCAGAUGGAGAGACCCUUCCUUAUGGGAAAAUGUUAGUAAUGAUUUAGUGUUUCCUUCAACCUUUGAUCUCAUGCUGUUUUUGUACGGGUUUAGUACUUUCUUAAAAAGUAUUCUGGUGAAUUAUAAACAGGAAGAUGAUGUAAAUCUUUGGUAUCUUACCCCCUCCGUCACAAAAAUGAUUUAAACAGUACAAUGCUAGAAAUUCUGAAACAGGUCUGUUCUGGUUCUGUGAGUCCGCGGAUUAUUCAUCUAAAUGACCCACUGUAAUUCAGCUCGGUAUUGGCUGAAAUGGACCAAUUCCACAAUUUCUCCCAGCUUGUGAGGAGCUGCUGCUUUAAAGAGCUCUGGAAAUCUGCAGACACACCUCCAGGACCAGGCCACCCCUGUCCUAAAGUACAUAGUUUUGUAUUGCAAGACUGAAUAUACUGUACUAUUGCUGUUCCUGUUGCUUGAUGAUUUUUCUGAAGGGUUUCUGACCACCUGUGCAUUGCAUGAAGCUUUUGUUUUUUUAGAACUGCCUCCUUAUUAAAACAAAUCUAUGUCAAUUUUUUUUAUUUAUUUGGGUGCUACAAGCAGUUGGUUUUUUUGGGGACCCCCCUUUUUUCUGUUUUCAGUAAGGCAACCAUUGAACUCAUGGACUUUCUAUAUUUGUAUCCUUUGAAAGGCAGCAAUAUCGGCAAGGACGAAAGAUAGAAUUAUGUGCAAUGAUGAUUCAAAGAUCAUAAAUAUAUUCAAUAAAAAAGAAAAAACAAAA